GCACGUCACAUGACUGCGCCUACACCAGCCCGGCCAUCUGAGUUUGGAAAACUGUAACAGUAGAGGACACCAUGGACAAACUACUGGUAUUCUCCUUGCCCCUGUUAUUGAGCUCGGUGGUCUGGAGUGGAUAUCUGGAAUCAGACCAGGAUGUCUUGAUUCCACAGGACUGGGUUCAUGGGGAUCGUGUUGAUCCCACAGAGGAGCUGAAGCUGACCUUUGCUCUGAAGCAGCAGAAUGUCCACCUGCUGGAGGAAAAGCUCAGGCUGGUGUCAGACCCCGACUCAGCUCAGUACGGUAAGUAUCUCAGCCUGGAGGAAGUAGCCUCUCUUGUGCGUCCUUCUGACCUCACAAAGAAGGUGGUGCAUCACUGGCUGCAGAGUCAUGGGAUUAAAAACUGCCUGACUGUUCGCACUCAGGACUUUUUGCAGUGCACCGUAACUGCAGAGACUGCAGAGAGGCUGCUUCCAGGAAGUAGGUUCCACCGUUAUACGAGAGCUGGACAUUCUUUAGUGAGGUCUUCAGGUCCAUACUCGGUUCCCGAUGAUGUUCACGAACACCUUGACUUUGUUGGAGGACUUCAUCGCCUCCCUCCUAAGCGACUGGACCUCACCAGUAAGCAUCAGCAGUCUAUGGAAGGGUUUCACCUCGGAGUGACUCCUGACAUCUUAAGGACUCGCUACAAUCUAACAUCAGCUGAUGUGGGAUCAGCUCAGAAUAACAGCCAAGCCGUAGCUCAAUUUCUGGAGCAGUUCUACCACCCCGCCGACUUGGCUGAGUUCAUGGCCAUGUUUGGUCGGGGCUUCCAGCAUCGGUCAGAGGUGGAUCGAGUUGUAGGCACCCAAGGAGGAGGAAAGGCUGGUCUGGAGGCCAGUCUGGAUAUAGAGUACAUCAUGAGCACAGGGGCAAACAUCUCCACUUGGGUCUUCACCAAUCCAGGUCGCCAUGAAUCCCAGGAGCCUUUCCUCCAGUGGAUGGUUUUGCUCAGCAACAUGACUGACCUGCCCUGGGUUCACACUAUCAGCUACGGAGACGAUGAAGACAGCCUGUCUACAGCCUACAUGAUGCGCAUCAACACAGAGUUUAUGAAGGCCGGCGUCAGAGGAAUCUCACUGCUCUUUGCUUCUGGUGACAGUGGUGCUGGAUGCAGACAUUUGGGUAAAGAAAACACCUUCAGGCCCAGUUUUCCUGCCUCAAGCCCAUAUGUGACCACAGUAGGAGGAACAGCAUUCAAGAACCCCUACAAGGUCACGUAUGAAGUCACAGAUUCCAUCAGUGGUGGAGGCUUCAGCAAUGUCUUUAAGAUUCCCGACUACCAGGCUGCUGCAGUGGAUAGCUAUCUAAAGACUGUAGCAGCAUCCCUCCCUCCUCAGUCAUACUUCAAUACCAGCGGAAGGGCUUACCCAGAUAUGGCUGCCCUAUCUGAUAAUUACUGGGUGGUCAGCAACAGAGUGCCUAUCCCAUGGGUGUCUGGGACCUCGGCGUCAACCCCUGUAGUCGGAGGCAUACUUUCCCUCAUCAAUGAUCAACGUUUCAGGAAGGGCCUGCCUGCCCUGGGCUUCCUCAACCCCCGCCUCUACAAGCUGAAAGGAAAGGCCUUAUUUGAUGUAACUGAAGGUUGCCACUAUGGCUGUCUGGAUGAACAAGUUCAAGGGAAGGGUUUCUGUGCGGCACCUUCGUGGGAUCCCGUUACCGGCUGGGGUACACCAAACUAUCCCGAACUGUUGGCUGCCCUCCUGAGUGAUUAGCUGCAAAUCACCCACCAGUGCCUGCUCUGAGAGAAGACACUAACACACACGAUGCCAAAGGCAAGAGGGUGGAAUAACUAUGCUCUAGUUUUGCCUCUUUUGGUUUUAUUCAGGUAUAUGUUUGAAGUUGAAGGGUUAUUGAAAUCAUUUAAGGAUAAUUGCAUCGCCUCUCAUUUUAAGGCUUAAAACUGUUCAAAUAUUUUUGUCAGGGAUAAUAGUGAUCGUUUUUUUAAUACUACGCUACAGCUGCCAUUUUCUGCUCUUCACUGCAUUUUAAAUGACACAGAUUUGAGAUAUUCUAGGCUUUAAAUUCAUCCCUCUAGAUACACAGCGAGGGCGUACAGUUGGCUAAGAAAAAAAUUUAAAUAAUGGCAAUUAAAUGUUUAAAUAUAUACGUUGAUGAUUCUGAACUCUGUUGGAUGCAAUUACAUUUAGCCUGUAGCUGGAUAAAGAUUUGUUUCGUAUAGAUAAGAAUGAGACUUCCAUACUACUCGGCAGGGAUAACCUAGGUACAAGUCAUUGUGCCAUUUCAGAUCUACGUGCAGUUUUUAAAAUGCCGUUCAUAUCUGUGGACUAAAAGGGGAACGUACUUUGUGAUGUGCAAUUAAGAUGACCUUUUAAAUCUUAAUCUCGAUUUGCUGCUGUGAAAUGACAGGAUGUGCUGUAACAUGUGGAUUUAAAGUGAUUCAGCAAUUCUAACCACCAGCACUGUUUUAAUAUUUUGACUGCGUGAAUCCACAAAUCAGUUUUAUUUGAUGUGAAAAGUCUGCCUUUGCUGUUUUUGUGGAUUGAUUAAAGCCAGAUUAUGUACGCUG